AUGGAGGUUCAGGAUGAACCAGAGCUCUGUUUCCCACAGCUCCUCAACACCUCCUGUAGGAAGCCCUUGACUUCUGCAACUGAAAUUAUUGUGGUCCAUGUUCUACUCGCCAUCAUCUCUGUGCUCACUGUGAUUCUAAACCUGCUGGUCAUCAUCUCAAUCUGCCAUUUCAGACAGCUCCACACUCCCACCAACCUCAUCCUCCUCUUUCUGGCCUUCUGUGAUUUCCUUGUGGGUCUUGUUUUGUUGCCAGGACUAAUCGUCAUGCUAAAAGGCUGCUGGUUCUAUGGUGAUCUUAUGUGUGCGUUUAUAAAUCUUCUGAUCUUCAUCAUCACCUCGUCAUCAGUAGGAAACAUGGUGCUCAUCUCAAUCGACCGUUAUGUUGCUAUCUGUGACCCUCUGCAUUACACUAAUAAGAUCACAAUGAGAAGAGCUACAGUCUGUAUUUGUCUGUGUUGGCUUUUAUCUGUUAUCUACAAUGGUAUUAUUUUAAGAGAAGCUCUGAUUAAUCCAGAGAGAACUAGUUCUUGUGUUGGAGAGUGUGUGAUAAACUCAGAUUCUUUUGGAGGUGCAGUCGAUGUUGUUGUAACAUUUACUCUUCCCAUUAUUAUCAUCCUCGUUCUGUAUAUGAGAGUGUUUGUGGUGGCGGUGUCUCAGGCUCGUGCCAUGCGUUCUCACAUUUCAGCCGUCAGAAUUCAGCUUGCGGCAAAUGUAACUUGCAAGAAAUCAGAGCUGAAAGCAGCUCGGACUCUUGGUGUUGUUGUGCUCAUCUUCCUUGUGUGUUUCUGUCCAUAUUAUUGUGUUACAAUUUCAGGAGACGGUUCGGUUAAUUAUGUGGUUCAACAUCAAUCUUCAUUUUUUUCUAACUAUGUCCUGUACUUUAACUCCUGUUUAAACCCUGUGAUCUAUGCCUUAUUCUACCCCUGGUUUAGAAAAGCUGUUAAACUCAUUGUCACUCUGCAGAUUCUGCAGGCAAACUCCUCUGAGACCAACAUGCUGUAG